AUGAGCGCCUCGUUGGCUGGACUGAAGGUGGAGAUGAGGUACCUGCAGAGAGAUUAUGAAGUAAAAACAAGAGAAGUGGAGCUGCUGAAACAACAGUACCAAGCUCAUGCAGAGGAACUGCUCAGAGUUCAAACCAGGGCAAACGGCACUGAAACCAAAGUGGAGGCUCUGAGGAGAGAAGGAGAAGUGAAACGAGUGGCUUUCUCAGCUUCCUUGUUGACCUCUGGUUCAAUAACGAUUGGUCCAUUUAACUCACACACACCUCUGGUUUUCAAAAACGUUGUCUCAAACAUCGGAAAUGCCUACAACCCAAACACAGCUCCAGUGAGAGGAGCCUACCACUUUGAGUUGUAUAUCUAUGGACCUGGACAUGCUUCACAUUCUACAGGUGCUGUGUUGACCAAGAAUGGAGAACAUAUUGUUAUGUCAUAUGAACAUCAGCCUUCUCACUAUGCUAAAUCUGCUAAUGGUGUCACAUUGCUGUUAGAGGUUGGAGAUCUCAUAUUUUUGCGUCAGUGGAAAAACUCAGUGAUUUUUGAUAACGAGAAUCAUCACAAUACCUUCAGUGGUCACCUGCUUUUCCGCAUGUGAUCAGCAAGCUGUGCUGAUUUUCACCAUCAACUCUACAACAUGUCAGAACUGACACAGAGCUACAGUGGUGUGAGAAAGUAUUUGCUUUCGCCCUGAUUUUAU